AUAUAUUUUUUUUUGUCUUCUUCAACAUAUCAUCUCAAGCACCGCCUCAAAACACCGCCGAUUUCUCCACCCACCCUUGCGAAAUGGGUCGAUCUCUAAUCUCGUCCACAUCCCUUCCUUUGAGGUUCUGUCAAACACCCAAAUCCCAUCCUGCAUACCUCCUUCCGAAGCUCCCUCCUCGGACCGCUACUGGCUGCAAUGAGCUUGGUGUGCGCAGGAUACCGUCCUUCUCCAAACCCAUGAGCCGAUUCUGCACUAAGGCUGUUGUGUCCGAAUUUCCCAAUGAGAAACAGUACCCGAAGAUCGGGGCCCAAUCGACCGGCCCCAUUCCCGUGAAACAGCUGCUCGAAGCUGUUGAGAUGGCUGCGAAGACCGGCGCCGAGGUUGUGAUGGAUGCUGUUAAUAAACCCCAAAACAUUAACUAUAAAGGAGUAGCAGACUUGGUGACAGACACAGAUAAAGCAAGUGAAACAGCCAUCCUAGAAGUUGUGAGAAACAAUUUCAAAGAUCAUCUUAUUCUUGGAGAGGAGGGUGGGCUUAUUGGGGACACAUCAUCUGAGUAUCUCUGGUGUAUUGAUCCCUUAGAUGGAACGACAAAUUUUGCACACGGCUAUCCCAGCUUUGCAGUAUCUGUGGGUGUUCUCUUUCGAGGAAAGCCGGCCGCUGCGGCUGUGGUUGAGUUCGUGGGAGGCCCUAUGUGUUGGAAUACUCGAGUAUUUUCUGCAUCAGCAGGAGGAGGUGCAUUUUGUAAUGGACAAAAGAUUCAUGUUAGUAGAACAGAACAGGUGGAGCGAUCUCUUCUAGUAACUGGAUUUGGAUACGAACACGAUGAUGCAUGGGCUACCAACAUAAAUCUAUUCAAAGAAUUUACCGAUAUAAGCAGAGGUGUGAGACGGCUUGGUGCAGCUGCUGUAGACAUGUGUCAUGUGGCUCUGGGGAUUGUAGAAAGCUACUGGGAAUACCGUCUAAAGCCAUGGGAUAUGGCUGCCGGUGUCCUGAUGGUUGAAGAAGCUGGGGGCGCUGUCACCUGCAUGGAUGGCAGGAAAUUCUGCGUUUUCGAUCGAUCUGUUCUUGUCUCCAAUGGUGUGCUGCAUGGAAAGCUUCUGGAGAGAAUAGGCCCUGCAACAGAGCAGCUGAAAAGCAAAGGCGUUGAUUUCUCCCUCUGGUUUAAGCCAGAAAACUACAGCACAGAUUUUUGAGUAACUUCCAUUUCCUUCUCUUUGGUAGAGAACUGUCUAUUGUUAACAGUUUUUGUUUCAAUUAUUGUUUGUUGACCUCUUGAUACAUGUAUCUUUCAUUGCUCAAUAAAAAAUUGCUCUUACUUGGAGUAUUUCCAAUUCA